AUGUCUACUAUAUCUGUAAAUCAUUUGCUUGAAAAUGUAUCGGACAAAGAAAACAAUGAAAAGCUACAUAAACUUGUGAUAGAACCUUAUCAACAUAUUUUAAGGAUACCAGGGAAACAAUUUCGAAGCAGGAUGGCAGCAGCAUUGAAUCAUUGGUUAAAUGUGCCUUUUGAUAAAAUGAUACAAAUUGGAGAAAUUGUACAGCUGUUACACAAUGGAAGCCUACUCAUUGAUGAUAUACAAGAUGGGUCUGUGCUUCGACGUGGUGUGCCAGCCGCUCAUCAACUUUUCGGCAUUAGAUUCACUAUGAAUACCGCGUGUUAUGUUAUAACACAUGCACUGAUUCAAACCAACGAAGCUGGAGGAGAAGCAGCAAAUAAAAUAUUUUGUCAUGAACUUCUUGAACUUCAUCGUGGUCAGGGAACUGACAUAUUUUGGCGCGAUAAUGCCAUAUGUCCAUCAGAGAAGGAGUACAAACUGAUGGUAAUUCGCAAAACAGGGGGAUUGUUUCUAAUGCUGAUUCGUCUGCUGCAGCUGUUUAGUGAAAACAAAAGAGAUUUUUCCAAACUUGCCGGGUUAGUGGGAUUGUAUUUCCAGAUAAGAGAUGACUAUUGCAGUUUAAACUCCAAGGAUUACACCAAGAAGAAAACUUUUUGUGAGGAUCUGUCCGAAGGAAAAAUGAGUUUUCCUGUAGUGCAUUCCGUUAUCACAAUGCACGACAGAGAAGUUUUGCAUAUGCUGAGAAAACGGAGCACAAAAUUUGAGGACAAGAAAUAUUGCGUAGAGUUACUGAAAAAGAAUGGAAGUCUCCAGUAUACUGCCGAUGUACUGGAGUUAAUUGAGAGAGAAGUGAGAUCUGAAAUUGCUAAUCACGGAGGAAAUCCUUUCAUGGAACAAUUAAUUGAUGAAUUGGCUGCUUGGAAAACAAUGGAAAGAAAUUGAUAAACAGUUAUAGAGCUCAUGAUGGUGAUAAUGAUUACUUAAGGAUUAUAGAACAAA